AUGGUACCUCGGCCGGACCUCAGAGCAUCGGACCAGGUCGUCCUCAGAGCACCCAGGGAUCGAACCCUUCGAUUUAGACAAGAUGGGACAUUUCACAUUACAGUCUUUGAGGAUCUGCAUUUCGCCGAGGACGAUGAAAAAGACAGGAAGUCCAAAGAAGUGAUGUCAUACAUCCUCUCGGAGGAGGACAUCGACUUCGUAGUCAUAAACGGCGACCUAGUCUCCGGCGAAAGAACCCAAAAGGCCGAUUCAAGCAAAUAUAUCGACUCGGUUGUUUCACCGCUCGUCGACCGUGGGUACAGCUGGGCAUCGACCUACGGCAAUCAUGACAGCGAGGUUAAUCUCAACCCGAAAGAUGACAUGUUCGAGGCCGAGCGCAAGUAUCCCAACAGCUUGACGCAGAGUAGAGUCUCCGGCGACAAGGCCGGAAUAACGAACUACUACCUGCCGGUGUUUUCGCACGGACAGGCGGAUACUAGCACGCCGGUGCUGCUACUGUGGUUCUUUGAUUCGAAGGGUGGACAUUACUAUAAAAAGCAAGGAGAGGGCGGCCCUGCUGUUAAGAGACCUAGUUGGAUUGAUGAAUCAGUCGUUGACUGGUUCACAAAAACCAACUCCAAACUGAAAGAGGAGUAUGGAAAAGUCAUCCCCUCGCUAGCAUUCUACCACAUCCCCGCUCACGCAAUGCUUGAACACCAACAAAGAAGGGGCGUAAAUCCGCACCUAACGCCCGGAGUGAAUCGCGAGCGCGUGAACCCGCAAGGAACCGGCGACUGGAGCUACGAUGGCCAGGAUGUCAAGUUCAUGGACGCGCUCCUUCACACCGAAGGCCUAAUCGCAGGGUUCAGCGGCCACGAUCACCAGAAUGAUUGGUGCUUUAAAUGGGAUGGCUCUCUUGUUGAUCAUGAUCUGACCGGGAAUGGUAUCAAUAUGUGCUACGGUCGACAUACGGGGUAUGGCGGCUAUGGCGAUCUGCUCCGCGGUGGACGGCAGAUUUUGCUCCACGAGGGCAAUCUCGGAGAUGACACAGAGACGUGGAUUCGAUUGGAAGAUGGAUCCGCCCAAGCUCGUGUCACAUUAAACACAACUUAUGGCCAGGAUCCUUACCUUGCUGUUGCGAAUGGUGCUGGGACGCCCGAUUCCUCGACGCAGGGCUCUUUCCUUCCUUUGUCAUGGUUGUGGGUUCCGAUUAUGAUGCUCUCGCGGUGGAGGAUGUAG